AAAGUAUUUUUUUUCUUCUUUAUAGCAAAAGAAACAAGUUUCUGACUCUGGUGAUAUAAAAAUCAAAUCUUGGAGGGAAAAUAACAAGAAAGAGUGUUGGAGUUAUCUCUCUACUAAUAAAAAGAUGAAAUCCGAUGGAUUAGGAGCAUCUGGACAUUCAUCAAGUACCAAUAGAAAUAGUAUAAAUAAAACUCUGAAGCAAGAUGAUGUAAAGGAAAAAGAUGGUACAAAAAUAGCAUCUAAAAUUACAAAACAACUAAAAACUGGGGGAAAAAAUGUUUCUGGAAAGCCCAAAACUAUAAUAAAAUCCAAAACAGGAAAUGGUGAUAAUGCACGGUUGGAAAACAUGUCACCUAGACAAGUUGUAGAAAGAUCAGCAACAGCAGCAGCAGCAGCAGCAACUGGACAGAAGAAUUUACUAAAUGGAAAAGGAGUGAGAAAUCAGGAAGGGCAAAUUACAGGUGCCAGACCCAAGGUACUCACAGGAAACUUAAAUGUGCAAGCCAAAGCAAAACCUUUGAAGAAAGCGACAGGGAAGGAUUCUCCAUGCCUCAGCAUCGCAGGACCCUCCAGCAGAUCCACAGAUUCAAGUAUGGAAUUCUCAAUUUCCACUGAAUGUCUGGAUGGACCAGAAGAAAAUGGAUCAAUAGGAGAAGAAAAGCCUUCUGGACAUAAACUAUCCUUUUGUGAUUCUCCAGCACAGAUGGUGAAAAACAGUGUAGAUAGUGUCAAAAAUUCCACUGUAGCCAUAAAAUCUCGACCUGUUUCAAAAGUUACCAAUGGAACUUCCAAUAAAAAAAGUAUUCAUGAACAAGACACUAAUAUAAAUCACAGUGUACUAAAGAAGGUCAGUGGCAAAGGAUAUAGUGAGCCAGUACCACAGGCAAUUUUGAAGAAAAGAGGAACUAGCAAUGGAUAUGGCGCAGCUCAGCAGAGGACAAAGAGUACCCCAUCUAAUCUUACUAAAACUCAAGGAUCCCAAGGAGAGUCACCAAACUCAGUAAAAUCUUCAGUCUCUUCAAGGCAGUCUGAUGAAAAUGUGGCAAAGUUGGACCAUAAUAUGCCUACAGAGAAACAAGCACCUAAGAGAAAAAUCGUCAAGCAAGUACACACAGCUUUGCCUAAGGUUAAUGCAAAAAUAGUGGCAAUGCCUAAAAAUCUAAAUCAGUCAAAGAAAGGUGAAACUUUGAAUAAUAAAGAUUCAAAACAGAAAAUGCUUCCUGGACAGGUUAUGUCAAAAACUCAUCCUUCCUCCCAAAGACCUUUAAAAAGUGAAACAUCUAUUGUCCAAAAAAGUAUGUUUCAUGAUGUGCGUGAAAAUAACAACAAGGACAGUAUUUCUGAACAGAAGCCUCACAAACCUCUCAUUAAUCUUGCAUCUGAAAUCAGUGAUGCAGAAGCACUCCAGUCAUCCUGCAGGCUUGACCCACAAAAGCCAUUACAUGAUCAAGAAAAAGAGAAGUUGGUGUUAGAAUGCCAAAAUAUUUCAAAGCUGGAUAAAUCAUUAAAACACAAACUGGAAUCCAAACAGAUUUGUUUAGAUAAAAGUGAAACAAAAUUUCCCAAUCACAAAGAAACAGAUCAUUGCAAUGCAGCUAACAUAUGUUGUCAUUCUGAUGGGAGUGAUAAUGUAAAUUCAAAAUUUUAUAGCACCACAGCCCUAAAAUACAUGGUUCCAAAUCCAAAUGAAAAUUCCUUGAACUCUAAUCCAGCUUGUGAUUUAGACUCAACAAGUGCAGGGCAAAUCCAUUUGAUAUCAGAUAGGGAGAACCAAGUAGUGAGAAAAGAUACAAACAAACAAUCAAGUAUUAAAUGUGUGGAAGAUGUUUCACUGUGUAUUCCUGAAAGGGCAAAUGGUACCUUAAAUUCUGCUCAAGAAGACAAAAAAUUGAAAGUUCCUUUGGAAGGACUGACAAUUUCUAGUAAGUUGUCUGAUGCCUUUGCUAUGGAUGAAGACAAACAUGCUACAGCAGACUCAGAUGUUUCCUCCAAGUGUUUUUCAGGACAGCUGUCAGAAAAAAAUUCUCCUAAAAAUAUGGAAACAUCAGAAUCUCCAGAGAGCCGUGAAACUCCAGAAACUCCAUUUGUGGGUCACUGGAAUUUGAGUACUGGUGUUCUGCAUCAGAGAGAGAGUCCUGAAUCUGAUACUGGCAGUGCUACCACAUCCUCCGAUGACAUAAAGCCCAGAUCUGAAGACUAUGAUGCCGGAGGGUCUCAGGAUGAUGAUGGGUCAAAUGACAGAGGUAUCUCUAAAUGUGGCACUAUGCUGUGCCAUGAUUUUCUUGGAAGAAGUAGCAGUGAUACCAGUACUCCUGAAGAAUUAAAAAUUUAUGAUAGUAAUUUAAGAAUUGAAGUAAAAAUGAAAAAGCAAAGUAGUAAUGAUCUUUUCCAAGUUAAUUCAACAAGUGAUGAUGAAAUCCCUAGGAAAAGGCCAGAAAUUUGGUCUCGAUCUACAAUAGUUCACCCUAGGGAAAAAGAAACUAUUCCACGAGGCAGUGUCCAGUUUGCUCAGGAAAUAGAUCAAGUAUCUUCUUCAGCAGAUGAAACAGAGGAUGAAAGAUCUGAAGCUGAAAAUGUUGCAGAAAAUUUCUCUAUAUCUAACCCAGCUCCUCAGCAGUUUCAGGGAAUAAUUAAUUUAGCUUUUGAAGAUGCAACUGAAAAUGAAAGUCGUGAAUUUUCUGCAAAUAAAAAGUUUAAAAGGUCAGUUUUACUUUCAGUUGAUGAAUGUGAAGAGCUGGGAUCAGAUGAAGGAGAAGUCCAUACUCCCUUUCAGCCUUCUGUAGAUUCUUUUUCACCUUCUGAUGUUUUUGAUAGCAUUUCUCAUGAACAUCAUGGAAGGACCUGCUAUUCCAGAUUCUCACGAGAAAGUGAAAAUAAUAUUUUAGAAUGUAAACAAAAUAAAGGCAAUAGUGUAUGUAAAAAUGAAAGCACUCUCUUGGAUCUUAGUAGCAUUGACUCUUCAAGAAAAAAUAAACAGAGUGUUUCAGCCACAGGAAAAAAGAACACAAUAGAUGUCCUAUCCAGUAGAGGCAGACACCUUCUUCCAGAAGAUAAAAAAGUAAACAAUGGAAGCAGUGUAGAUAAUGACAUUCAGCAACGCAGCAAAUUCUUGGAUAGUGAUGUAAAAUCUCAAGAAAGACCAUGUCACUUGGAGCUUCAUCAAAGAGAACCCAAUUCUGACAUACCAAAGAACAGCUCUACAAAAUCUCUAGACUCCUUUCGGAGUCAAGUUCUGCCUCAGGAAGGUCCAGUGAAAGAGAGCCAUUCUACAGCUACUGAAAAAGCUAAUAUUGCUUUAUCUGCAGGAGACAUAGAUGAUUGUGACACACUGGCACUAACCUGCAUGUAUGACCAUCGGCCUUCAAAAACCCUGUCUCCAAUAUAUGAGAUGGAUGUAAUAGAAGCAUUUGAGCAGAAAGUGGAAUCAGAAACACAUGUUACAGAUACGGAUUUUGAAGAUGACCAACAUUUUGCAAAACAAGAUUGGACACUACUAAAGCAACUGCUCUCUGAACAGGAUUCAAACUUAGAUGUUACAAAUUCCGUUCCUGAAGACUUAAAUUUAGCACAGUAUCUAAUCAAUCAGACACUACUUUUAGCGCGAGAUAGCUCAAAACCUCAGGGUAUAGCACAUAUUGACACUUUGAACAGAUGGAGUGAACUAACAUCUCCACAUGAUGAUUCCUCAGCGAGCAUCACCAUGGCUAGUUUUUCCUCUGAAGAUUGUUCGCCUCAAGGGGAGUGGACAAUUCUGGAACUGGAAACUCAGCAUUAAGUGUUAACAUUUUGGAAAAAUUUAUGCCACUCCUUUAUUUUUUGAUGCCUAUAUUAUAUCCAAAUGAUAAUUGCAUUAGCCAGAUAUAAACUUUCCUUAAUAUUGAGUCUUUCCAAUUUAAUGAGGUAAACAUAGUUUAUUUAUUAAUAUAUCACAUACAGAAAAAUGUUUUUCUAAAGUUUUUGAGCAUGUUUUCUAUAAUUAUUAGAAAAAUUAGAAGACUUGUAAGGAAACCUUUGCUUCAGUUUUCCUUUCCUAACUGAUCAUUUGUUCACUUGUUCAUUAUUCAAGAAUUUAAAAUGUGAAUGCACAAGUAGAUCAGUCCCUUUACUUUUUGCUCUGCAUAUGGUAACAUAGUAAUUUAACAAUAAAAAACUUACUGUGCUUGUGUCCA